AUGCUUCGACAAGCCUUUGCAUCGUUGUGUACUGCGCAAGCCUCUCCCCCAAGCCUCGUAUCGGCAUCACAUCACCUCCGCAUCAGGCCGCGCAUAUCCCACCUCGCUCCUCAAGUCGCAUCAAGAUGGACCUCGACGCGCUCGCCUCUCCCUUCAACCAGAUCUCUACCAAACUACUCGCUAUACAAGGCACUACCCUACCGACGUAACUUUGCAACAAGCUUCCCGCGCCAAGCCCGCAACACAUACAAUCGCUUCAACCCGUCCUCCGCGCGCCCCUCCGUCUUUUACACGCUCAUCUCGCGCUCCAGACCUCACCAUUUCGUCCUCAUUGGCCUUGGUAUCUCCGGUGUCUAUCUUUACAAUACAGAAGUUGUCGAAAUGACGGGACGUCGGCGGUUCAACUGCGUUUCGCACGAGGCCGAGCUGAAAAUGGGAAUGCAGAGCUAUCGGGAAGUUCUGGCGCAGUCGCAAGGCCGGAUAUUACCUGAUAAUCAUCCCGUGGCGCAGAUGGUGAACCGGGUAUUGCAGCGCUUAAUUCCACAGGCGCCCAUCGAGGGCGCGGACUGGAGAGUCCAUGUCAUUGUAGAUGAUUCGAAUGCGAAUGCUUUCGUGCUUCCUGGGGGAAAAGUUUUUGUGUACACGGGCAUUUUGCCAAUUUGCCAGGACGAAGAUGGUCUCGCUGCGGUACUGGGCCAUGAAAUCGCCCAUGUUGUGGCUCGGCAUCCAGCGGAACGAAUGAGUAACAGCUUCCUGACUCUUGGGACUGUGUUUUUGAUCUCUCUUUUGUUCGAUGUCUCGGGCCAGCUCUCGAGUAUGCUGGUCAAUUUGAUGUGGAGCUUGCCUAAUUCACGUACACAAGAGGCCGAAGCUGAUAACAUAGGAUUGAUGAUGAUGGCCAAAGCAUGCUUCAACCCCGAGGCCGCUGUGAGAUUAUGGCACCGAAUGCAGCAGCAAGAGAAAUCAGCUCCGCCACAGUUCAUGUCCACUCACCCUUCGAGUUACAAUCGUGAGGAGUCGAUUCGAGGCUGGCUCGAUAAGGCAGAGACAAUUUACGCCGAUAGUGGAUGCAGUACCUUUGGAAGCUACAUGCCGAGCUUCAAAAAGGCGUAUGAGACGCAGAGUUCUUAUGGCUGGUGA